AUGAACAAGCUUAAGGAUUAUGAUGAUAUCCCCACUGAAAAAUUGAAAAACAAGAUGUCCGCAGCAUCGGAAGACCACUUCAAAGAUAGUUUAAAAGGUAAGAAAUCGUUAGAGGGUAGACAUAUUACAAGAUCGUCCGCGUCCGCAGACGAUUCGGCACUUUUUGGGGCCAACCUUGUGCCCUUGUCUACGUUCUCUUGUGAUGGACAAACCAUACAACGUCGAGCAACAUCGGCUCACGCAGGCAAGACUACAUUAUAUAAGCUCGCAAAAGACGUAUCAACUCCUACCGCCACAGCGCCAAAGAAGCGCAGGCGAUGGAGUUUCAGUAACAUAUUCAAGCUCAAGUCGAGUUCCAAAAACAAGCAUACGGACCAACACUCAGAGACACGGACAAUGAGUACAUCAGAGAAACUUAAAGAUGAUACUCCUAUGGAUGGAAGUGAUCCUCUAGCGCUGACGUACCAGCUACACAACUCGAAGAAAAAGUACGCGGCGCAAGCUCGCACCGCAGUCAGCGAUUGCAGAUCCGAAGAUCCAGUAGGCAAAACGGUGCGAACAAAGUCCAGCGGACAAUUGCCUAGGGAAAAUUCCCGACCGAUUUCGACUGUAGGUCCACUUAAAAUGGUUGCUAGCCCCGCUGUCAGUGGAACAUCGAGUGCCAUUUCCUCAACAGGACUCAGAUUCUCUCUCCGGUUUGCCUCGAGAGAUUCGUUGUCAUUUGAUAAGAACUGGCUGGUGACUACCCCCACAGCAUCUCGAUCAACCGAUUCUAUUGCUACCGUACCCAACUGUAGACUCUCGCCUUUGCGUAUCGACACUGGAAAGCCUGAGAGCGGUUCACAAAUGACGUCUGCGACGAUGGGCCAGCUCAAGUCAUGCCUCAAGACACCUGCCAACGGGAAGCAUAGUGUGGUUAGUGGUCUGGUAAGUCCUAGACUGCCGAUGUCUAGCUCUGUUAGCCCCCGCAGAGUAUCGCAGGUGGCAUCAAUGUCCCCGUCCUCGACAAUAUUCUUUUGCAGACCGGGCUCGCUCAAGCAUUCGCUAUCGCAAGCGAGCAAAACAUCCGCCCCAAUAACUACACAGUUUGACUUCGACAAUCGUCCUGGGAGUAGCCGGCGACAAGCCACAUGGUCAGUGCAUAGGCGAGUGCCGCAGGAGGGCAAACAACAACGCCGAGAUUCCGAUUCCGAUGAUAACUCGGCGACCACACGUACUUCGUAUGUGCUAAGCUAUGCUUCCCUUUCAUGCGAGAGUAUGUACUCCUCCAGGACUACAACCCCGGAAAUCGCCACGGACAGCACAGCGUCGGCAGGUGUAUUCCAUGUGCACUCGCCAGCGUGCUCACCAAGCAAUGCAUCGCACGAGCCUAGCCUGCAAGCAUCGAGCACGCAAGACGAGGUUUGCCACAACUUGUCCGAUACCUGCACACGCGUGGAGGUGGGUGGCCCGCACUCGCCCGACAUAGCCCGUCCGCGCCACAACUCACAGCUCCCACAGCUGAAUGUGACCAGGUUUGCCGGAAAAGCCGAUGUGCCCUCGGGCUCACCUUGUGCGGUUACCUACAUAGGCAGGGGCGCGGGCCAUGGCCGACCAUAUUACAGGUCAAUGUCGCUGGAACCUAGUCUGAACAUCAGCAGUCCGCACCCAAACUCGCGCAUUGCGGGCCUGCUGGGGACCCCGCGCUGCAUCUCUGGGCCAUGUACGCCUACGCAGCUGCUGGUGCCAACUCAGCUGUAUCAGUACCCCACAUACACCAGAGCCGAGUCAUGCGGCCGCAAGAUGAGGAGGGGCUCGGCACCUUCGCCUGUGAGGCAGAUGGGGUCGUCCAUACAGCAACGGGCCAAGUCCAUCCGCAAGACCAUCUCCAACAACACCAGCACAGUCAAGCACUCUGUGUCUGGCCGUGGCAAGUCAACGAGCCUGUCCAGUACACCGGUGAUGACGCGGGGAGUUGCGGCGCGGACUGAAACGAACACGUGGUGUGCCCAUGACGUCGUGAAGGCGCGUAGUGCUGAGUCUACCAGGCGAGCCACGUUUAGCACCAAGGCGAUCGUCACGCCCACCUUUUCGCAUCAGGCGUAUAAUCGGUCAGGCUGUGUUGUAGUUGCCGGAGGGCUGAGCAAGGAGGAUGUGGUGCAGAUCUACACGGAUCUGAUGAGCUACAAGCUAUCCGAGAUGGAGGUCCACGAAGACUCGGUCAAAAACAUCAAUACCAACAUGGCCAACAUGGCGCAGAUGGAGGCGCAGACUCGCACAGACAUACUGGAUGCGAUAGUCGAACAACACCUCAAGGCCGAGCGCCAGGGGUUGGUGCAGACGAGCAAGCACCUUCGGCACGUGGGAGAGGAAGCAGACAAACAGAGCGACGAGAUUGUACUCAGCACAGCGGCACUUACAGCCAGUGACAGUGACAGCGCGCACUGCCCCGACAGUCCCGUCCACAGUGACACACCGUGUCCGCCCGAGAGUGCGUGUGAUGCGUUAGUCGGGGUGACAGAAGCCAGCAGGGAUAGCUCGUUCAGAGACUGCAGCGUGAUGGAUAGAGUGCUAAUGGUGAACCCAGGAAUGACGUACAGAAGUGCACCCGCUUUCAGUGACAGUUCGAUGGCGGCGUUGCGGAGAGGCCGAGAGAAGAUGCUCAGCCAGUUAGAGCGCAGCGAUACCAAGUCGUUGCUGCAGAUACAGGAUGGUAAGGACAAAUCGGGUGGUGUACUGCGCAGUCUACGGAUAAUAGGGCCCAAAGUGGUUUGAAUUGUAGCCAGUUAUGUGGCUGAAAGUAAGCACAUAGUCAGAGACGAGUAGAAGAAUAGAAGUAGUUAGACAGAUAAGUACGAAUAUGUACGUAAGUGAUAUAGUGCCAAGCGUGAGAGUGCAGCACAGCGGUGACGAAUUAUAGUUGGCGUGCAAAUGCCAAAAUACGACGCAUGGACGAACAUAGUAAUCAGAACAACAAUAAAGUCAGUUCGCA